GUGUGCGUGCCCGAAUGGGCCCUUUCCGCUGCUGGCUCAUCGCAAGGCGGACUCCGGGCCACUGUGUAUGCAAGGAUGGCCGCUCGGAAGGCAGGGAGGAAGGCAUGUCCUACAUCGGAAAAGCACGGCCUUUCUGAUCCGCGUGUGGCGGCCGUGCCCGGGCGCCGGGGAUCCCAGGCUGAUGCCCAGGCGCUGCCGGUCAUGGCUGGCAGCUUCCAGGCCCCUGCUGGCCCUCCUUUUCCCAGUUCUUUAUCUAAGCAGAUUUCAGCCGGAGGGUCGUGCAAACAGAGGCCACCUUCCAGAAGAGGACUGGCCCUUGUAAAGUUACUUGGGGACACCUCCUGUAGGUUUUAGCAGCUAGUCUUUGGAAGGGGUUCCAGCAGAGAUGCGAAAAUCAGGACACAGUGCUGGCUGGAGAGCAGUUGUAGGGUUGUCUUCUGUGUAAACAUGCAGUGCAUUGUGCCCCCUUUAAGCUGCAAGGACAUUUGCCCUUCUUUGCAACGGGUCAACACGGAAGGUGGUUGGCGGUCCGUGCGGCAAGGAGGGGCUUUACGCAGCCCUGAUUCUGUACAUCCGUGGAUGUGCAACGAGCGUUUGCGUAUUGUUGGCCCCUGGCACCACGCAGGCGAGUGCUCCAGGUGGUGGCACACCAACCUGCUUGUACCCUCAAGGGGACAGAUGUUCCUCUUGCAGUCCUAGGUGCUGGCCAGCGGAUCCUGGAGGUUGUAGGACUUUCUUUGCUCUAAGAGUGCAUACGGUUGCGCCCUGAGGCAUUUUAGCAACCCUAAAGACUGUGUACAGCGAGCUGAUGCUGUGGGAAUAGCCCAGUUUGCCUGCUGUGGUAUUUUCGGCGCGCAUCUCUAGCGAUCUGCAGGAAACGGGUGCAGUCGAAGCACCUCGCUUGCGACGCAAGGAUGCUUAGGAUGGAACAAAACCACCGGCAUUCAAGAUGACAUGCAGGGGUGAAAUAGCGCCACAGGAGAGACACAAGCAAAAGUUGGCGAGCUGUGUGUCAAUUCCUUUCCCCAGGCUGAGAAAAAAGGCAGCACCUGUUGCCAUGGAUAUUAUGAAGUUCUCUCUCUCUGCUGAAGCUUUUCGGGACACAGACCCUGAGGCACUUCCUGGGAGAGCGGGGAGGGACCAAGCUGCUUCAGUGAAGCAAAGCUUCGUUCUCACAGCAAAAGCAACUCUUGCCUACAGAAUGACUGGGGCGAGCCAUGCUAAAGAACCGCUCGCUGCUGGUGCUCUUCGUAACAAGCUGAAGGCCCUCAGGCCUCAGCAUCACACCCCAAAAAACUAUUCUGGCCUUUGACACUAGGGAGCGUUAUCACACGAUCUGUUAAACUGUCAUAACUUCCUAAGCGUUGUUUUGGUGGAACCCUUCAACCAACGGCAGCAUGCAUUUGUGCUUGCGCAUUAACUUAUAAAAUGCAAAGUUUUCUGCUGAACCACUGGGAAAUUUGGGGGGAGUAAAUUUUCCUCUCCACAUAGCUGCUCCCUGCUUGGACGUGGCUUCGGCUACCUUGGUCUGGCUGGACGGCCCAUGGUGGGAGCGCCAGGACUUAUUUCUGUCUGAGCACGCCGUGGGAUCGCUCCCCUCGUUGCUUUUCUCUGCCAAAAUCUCUUCUUCAGCCCAACUGUUAAAACAUUUGGAGAUUCUCUGAGCACCUGCACCAAAGAUUUGUGGACAUUUCCCCUGUCUAAAUGUGGUCAGGAUUGCUUCCUCGGGGAAGCCGUGGCAGGUGGAUAAAUGGAAGGGAUAGCCCCCCACCACCCCAAUGUCCUCAAUAUGAGUUUGUGUUUCUGCAUGCAUGGGUUUUCUAUGGGAUUUUCUGCUAGGGGAAGUGGAGAUGGCCACCGAUUUGGAUGGCUUUAAAAGGGGAAUGAACAGUUUCGUGGAGGAGGCGGCUGUCAGUGGCUACUAGCCUUGCUGGCCACAUGCGACCUCUGUUACCAAGGAGUGGCCUGCCUGCUACACCCGGUGCUGAGGAGCUUGGGCAGGAAGUGGUCUUCCACCAAUCCUGCCAGAGGGAUGGCUGUGAGCAGCUGGUUUGCCACCAUGUGUACGGAGCGCUGUACUAGAUGGACGUUGGCCCUGAUCCAGCAGGACGUUCCUUAUGUUCCUGUGUAUAUUUCUGAUUGAUCCCGAAACUUCGGGUGCUUUUUCACAAGGUAUGUGGGUGUUUAUUUAGUGGGGGGUUGUAGAAGAGGUUGCCUUACUGCCGGCAGGGUAUGCCUGGCACCCCCGGGACACGCUGGCCUGCACAGCGCCUCUUGCCAUUCUCAGAUUAGAUAGGUCAGGCAUGAAAAGAUGGCCUUUAAAAGCAUCCCAGCUAUUUAUAGUGAACGGCGUGUCCCAGACAUCCCCGCUCUCCGACGAAAAUACGGAAGUGGAGGGUGGCUUGUCAGAGAAGAUCAAAGCAGAGAAGAGAUGGCCAGGGAGAGACUUGUUCACACAGACAGUUUAUCCCGGGAAAAAGUCGGCCUCUUUCUGGUUGAGGGAUUAUUUCGAGGCUGAAGUGAGCGGAAGGUGAAUGAGCAACCCCAAGGAGAAAGCACUGAAUCGAUCUUUCUCUGGCCUGUGAGAAGCCAAUGGAACUAGAGCUGCUAUUUCCGGAACUGGCAUUCAAUACCCUCCUUAAGUUUGAGACUACAGGCUCCAUCUGCUCCAGCCAGGACAGCCGUAGUCAGGGAUGAUGUAACCCGCAGUCCCAAAGUGUUGGAUGGGGUCUCAGCAGGCCCGUUGUAGUUUCUGCACAGACACGAAGCUCACGGGAUAACUUUGGGCCGGUCGUGGCCUCCCAGCCUAUCCUACCUCACAGGGUUGUUGUGGAGAUAAAAUGGGGAGGAAGAGGCCCUUGUAAGCUACCUUGGGCUCCUCACAAGAACAUAAACAAGCCCUGCUGAAUCGGACGAAGGUCCAUCUGAUCGCACGGUGCCCAGCCCACUGCUCGGGGGAAACUCACGACCCAGGAAGGAAGGAAGGACAGACGGAAGGCCAGAAAUGCAGUGCUGGAUAAAUCAAGACGCCGUGUCCUGCGGGAGGAGGCUAGGCAAGCUCGUCCCGCUGGAGGACGGUCAGGUGGCCCGGGAGCCCCUCUGCAGUGGCGCUGUGUUUCCCCUCGCCUGUGCUGUGCAAAAUUAUGCGUGGGGCAAGCUGGGCCAGGAGAGCGAGGUAGCCAAGCUCUUGGCAAGCAGCGACACCCUGGUGCGGAUUGACCCCGACAAGCCGUACGCGGAGCUCUGGAUGGGGGCGCACCCCAAGGGAGAUGCCGUGAUCCUGGAUAACCGCAUCCCCCAGAAGACCCUGCGGCAAUGGAUCGCAGACAACCCGGGGUGCCUGGGCUCAAAGGUGAAGGACACCUUCCAGGGGCAGCUGCCGUUCUUGUUCAAAGUGCUGUCGGUCAACACGGCCCUGUCCAUCCAGGCCCACCCCACCAAGGAGCUGGCAGAGAAACUGCACGCACAGAACCCGGACCACUACCCAGAUGCCAACCACAAGCCAGAGAUGGCGAUCGCGCUGACCCCCUUCGAGGGCAUGUGCGGUUUCCGGCCUGUUGAAGAGAUUGUGGCUUUCCUCCAAAAUGUCCCCGAAUUCCGGGCCCUCAUUGGGAAUGUGGCGGCCGAGCAGCUGGAGCGCAGCGUCGGCAACGACCCCCGGGGUGUGACCGCCGCGUUGCGUGUCUGCUUCACCCGGAUGAUGAAGAGUGAGAAGAAGGUCUUUGUGGACCAGCUCAAUAUGCUGGUGAAAAGGAUUUCCCAAGAAGCCGCCGCCGGGAAAGAUACCUCCGCCAGCUGCGGGGAGCUCCUGCUCCGGCUGCACUCCCAGUACCCGGGAGACAUCGGUUGUUUCGCCAUCUACUUCCUGAAUCGGGUCCUGCUGCAGCCCGGGGAAUGCAUGUUCCUGGGCGCCAAUGAGCCCCACGCCUAUCUCUAUGGAGACUGCAUCGAGUGCAUGGCCUGCUCCGACAACACCGUGCGUGCUGGCCUGACCCCCAAGUACAUCGACGUCCUCACCCUGUGCGAAAUGCUGAACUACACGCCGUCCCCCAGCAGCUCCAAGCUCCUGGCCCCCUCCCAGUGCCACCUGGACCCCUGCAUCUGCCACUACGAGCCCCCAAUCCCCGACUUUGCGGUCAUGAGGAUAGAGAUUCCUUCCUCCAUCAAGAUUUACCUUGUUUCGGCCAUCGACUCGGCUAGCAUCCUCCUGGUGGUGCGGGGAACCGCCGUCGGCACGUCCACCGCGGCCCAGUCCGACAUAGCCCUCCGCCGGGGCACCGUGCUGUUCAUCUCGGCCAACGAGAGUGUCUCCUUGCACCUGUCCAGCAACGAGGGGAUGCUGCUCUUCCGAGCUUACUGCCCCUUGUAACGCGGGCCGCGCGCUCUUCCCGCCUUGCUGUGACUUGGCCUAGGAUCAGUAGGAACUGGCUCGCGCCCGCCGUUGCACCCAGCACCAGAAGCCCAGCAGCAUUAGGACUCGCCCCUCCUCUGUAUUCCACCUUGGCUUUGCCCUGCUCCGCUGCACCGCCGGCUCGUUGUCGCCAAGCGUGGGGCAGGAAGCACGUGGGCGGGCGGCCGGCCCGCGUGAAGCUGUACCCCCCCCGCCGGCCAGCAGGCACGAAGGAGCAGUAUUAAAUUCCCCUGCACCAGUGUUC